AAAUUUCCACACAGAUAUGUUCUCGCCGAGGCUGCAGUUGGUUCUACUUUUCUUUGGUCUAACAGCCACUUGGGCGUUUUUGUUUCAUGUCGAUUGGCCAAAACGGCAGUUGGGAUGGUGGCAGAAGCAGUACUACCAAUCAUCUUGGAAGCAGAGGCUGCGAUUUACGACUACUCCCAGGCCGGGAGCUACUCCUGAGUGGUAUGAGACCCGAUUGGUGUAUCCCUGCUAUUGCUACAAGCCAUCUCUCGAGGACUUGGCCACUGCCAGCCCGGUUGAAAAGCGAAUAAUUGAGCCCAAGGAGGUGUUCUUCCUCAACAAGUAGAGUGUAUUGGAAUUGUCCAUAAAAUAUUUACUAUUAAUCACAAGAAAUUCAAGAAAUAUAUGAUACAUUUACACAUUGGA